AUGAUUCAGAGGACAGAGCCCUCCGACGAAAGCACUUUUUGGGACAAUGCUGACAAGCAUCUUAUGCAUACUGGAGUUCCAUUCUCACCAGUCAUCAUUACCAAAGCUCAAGGUACCAGACUCUACGACGCAGAUGGUAGAUCAAUCUUAGACUUCACCUCCGGUCAGAUGAGCUCUCUCCUCGGCCACUCCCAUCCUGAGAUUGUUGAAGUCGUGCGAAAGUGUGUCGGCGAGCUCGAUCAUCUGCUCAGUAACAUGAUCACACAACCUGUCGUCAAUCUUGCGGUUCGCUUGGCCAGUCUUUUACCAGCACCUUUGGAAAAGUCUUUCUUCCUCAACACAGGCUCCGAGUCCACUGAAGCUGCUAUCAAGAUGGCCAAAUGCUAUACUGGAAAGUUCGAGAUUGUCGCUUUCACUGCUAGUUAUCACGGACUUACUUCAGGCUCUGGAUCCGCCACUUACUCGGCUGGUCGCAAAUUUGGUGGCCCGACAAUGCCUGGCCAGCUCGCUUUCCCUGCUCCAUAUCCCUAUCGCUCUCCCUUCAAGAAGGCCGAUGGCUCGUAUGACUGGGAGACCGAGUUGGAGUAUGGCUGGGCAAUGAUCGACAGACAAAGUGUCGGCUCACUAGCUGCUUUCAUCAUGGAGCCCAUCCUUUCCACCGGUGGACUCCUCGAGCCUCCUCUCGGGUAUCUCAAGCGCAUGGCAGAAGAAUGCAAGAAGCGAGGCAUGCUCCUUAUCCUGGACGAAGCACAAACUGGCGUCGGACGUACUGGACAGAUGUUUGCUUUCGAAAGAGACGGCAUCGUACCCGACAUUCUUGCGCUAUCCAAGACGCUAGGGUGUGGUUUGCCUCUGGCCUCUGUAUCCACAACAGCAGAGAUUGAGAGAGGUUGCCGAGAAGCGCGCUUCUUGUGGCUCACUACUCAUCUCAACGAUCCUUUGACAGCGGCCGUCGGCGACAAGGUCCUGGAGAUUGUAGUGCGUGAUAACAUCUGCCAGCGCGCUUCGGAACGUGGUGCCCAACUUCGCGCUGGUCUUGAGAAACUCCAAAAGAAGUACUGGUGUAUCGGAGAUGUACGUGGACGUGGAUUGUUCCAAGGCAUCGAGAUCAUCUCCGAUCCUGAGACCAAGGCGCCUGGUUUAGACCUGGGCCAAGCAGUUUCUGACAAGGCCAUGGCUAUGGGUCUUUCGUGCAACAUUGUAAAUCUGCCUGGUAUGGGCGGUGUCUUCAGACUGGCGCCUCCCGUGACAGUAUCUGCUGACGAGAUUGAAGAGGGACUGGAGAUCCUCGAUGCUGCCUUUGGCGAGGCUCUCAAGUCUCAAGCCAAACUUUGUGGCGGCCACGAGCAGCCUGCCCUUCCUCUGUGA